AUGUACAGCUGUCGAUGCCUCGAAAAGGAUCAAACAAAACAUUUGAUGUCUUCCCUAACCAGUGGGAUUCCUAUAAAUGCAAACCGUCCAAUUUGGAAAUCAUUUCAAAGAGAGCAACCAACGUUAACGACUAAUUUACAGAGCAAGAUCCAAUACCUCAAACAAUGGCUUGCCACUUUAACCUUGGACACUCAUACAGUACCUCCAACCACUACCACCACGACUUCUAGACCAACAACUACUGAGGAUCCAGUUGCACUUCCAUUCGAGGAAGCAGCUGCUGGAAACAAUGUCUUCUUGAAGUUGGCAUACAAAAUGAUGGCCAAGUAUUUCAAGAAAUUUCGCGGCGAAUGGACAAUUCUUGAUCGUUUCGAGUGCGUGUGUGAUGGAGACCUCAUCGAGCUACUCAAGUCGAAAACGUUCAUCAAUAUUCAAAUUGCACAUGAUUGA